UUCAAAACUUCAUUUGGACCAUUUUGAUAGGCUUUGCCGUGGAAAUUGGAGAGAUGUUAGAAAUACAAAUAAUCAAGAUUGAAGAUCCAGGAUGUCUGUGGGCUCGAGUUCUGAAAGGACCAGGCAUUCAGCCGUACAGUCCAGAGGAAUAUGAGAACCUGGGAGUGAAAAUGAACCUCUUCUACCACGAGGUCGACCUGGACGUUCAAAAACUAAAGCCUGCUGAACUGAAGGAGGGGCUGGUGUGUGUGGUGUUCAGUCUGGCUCUGAAGAGUUGGUGUCGAGCUGCAGUCGAGUCGGUCUUUCAGGGGAUGGUGGACACUCAGGCUUGGUGCUUGUUAGUGGACCACGGAGAUCGAAUCAUCGUCAGAGCAGAUGAUGUAAGAACUCCUCUUGAGAAGUUCCUGCAGCUUCCUUUCAGAGUGAGAUGCUUUAAAUUGGCUGGAAUUCGUCCGAUGACACUACAGGUGCCCAUCUCUGAAAACACAGCAGAGCUUGUUCCAUCUUCAACAUGGGACAGCUCUGCCACAAAAUACCUGCACAAUCUAUUACAAGUGUCGACUCUGGUUGAAGCCGUUCUGUGUGAAACGCAGGCAGGCUGCUCUGCCAUUGAACUCUACUUGACUAUCAAUAAUACAAAGAUCUGUGUGAACCAUGAGCUCGUGGCGAAGAAGUUUGCCUGUUUCAUGAGUGAGAAGUCCAGUGCGCUGGAAGGGAACAGGAAUGGAGAUCGCGCUCCUAUCAGCCUGGCGUGGGACAUCUACUCCAGCCCUCACCAGCUCCUAGAAAUGAAAGGACGCUGCCCUGUCAAAGCUCCACCAUCAGAUAUUCUCACCAGAAAAGAGCGGAAAGAUGAUCCACAGACAGAAACAGAAGAAGUUUCUCAUUCUGAGAAGCAGAAACCACAGGUGUCGGAUGAAGCACACAUGCCAUCUCAGGUUAACCCUCAAGCUCCUAAACUGACCCGCAAUGCUGGAACCGAUACUAUUGGCAGAGGAUGGCGAAUCAGAGCCGAGGCCACUGACAUCUUCACAGAUGAACGCUGUGGUCAGACUGACAUACACAAGCCUCGAUACAUGAAGUUUAACACACUUUCACAUUCAAAGCAGAUUCCUCAACCUGAUCAAACCGAUAAUAACAGCAUUGCUUCAACUCCAGCUGCAAGCUCACCAUCAUGUGCGAGUGACUCCUCUAAAGAGCAGAAAGUGGCAGCUCUCUCACAAGAGCCCAGUCUUGAAGAUCAACUGACCUCUUCUAGACUUAUGCAGUUUCUAAACCCUGAUCCACUCAAUCCAGACCAAGAGUCUCUUGAUGCCAAAGUUGAACGCUGUGAUCCGGGACACUUAGGAGUUAUAGUGCACGCCGCCCUUCGUGUUGAACCCUGCAGUAACCUGACACGUGCACCCAUCAGUGAGCAGUUCAGAAAGUUCCUGUUGUGGAGGAAGUAUAAUGGACCGAAUGUAGCAGAGAGUUACUGUUGGCCCGCUGUGGCACGAGGUUUUGACACAGUACUGGUGUCACACAGCGGAGACAAUCCUCUGUCCUACAUUCCUCCUCUGCUGAUGCUGUUACAGACGGUUUCUGUCGUCUCCAGUCUCGCUGCUCGCACUGGGCCCAUAGCAGUGAUCCUGUGUCCAGGGUGGGAGAAGGUUCAGACAGUGCUGGAGCUCCUGGAGGACAGUAAAGCAACUUACAACCUCCAUCCCACCAGUGUGCUGCUGGGUGUGGACCAGGAAGAGCCCAAAAAGUUCAAGAUCCAGAGGAACUGCCAGUUGCUGGUUACAACACCGUUUACCAUGAUGAGGCUGCUGGAUGCUCAGUGCUUCCUGUUCCUGAGACUGUGUCACCUGGUGCUGGAUGAGGCUGAUGUCCUUUAUUCACAAGCACCUGAGCAGAUGUCAGUAAUCCUGAAGCACUUCCAGAAGGUGGUCUCUGGAGAGGAGAGGUCCUCGUGCCCCAGGCAGAUCAUCGCGGUGGGCAGCCGCUGGAGCGCUGGGAUAGAGGCUCUGGUCAGAGAGCACAUGAUUUACCCCUCCAUCAUCAUAACCGUGAUGGAGGAGGCAGCUCUGUACGGCAGGGUACAUCAGAGGGUUCAGUUGUGUCUGGACUGCGAUAAGAUCUCCGUUCUGCUCGGAUCGCUGGACUUCCACCCGCCCAAACCCCAGAAAACCCUCAUCAUUACCAACUCUGCUGAGGAGACCGAGCAUGUGUAUAAGGCUGUGGUCAACACUGCCGUGUUCACACUGAAAGCUCAUGAAGAUGUGACGGAUCAGUUUGACUUUGUCAUUGAUCAGUGGAGGAAAGACAUCGUCCAUGGAACACAAGUCAUUUUGGUUACCACCAAUGACUGCCUUAAGGCUCUCGGCAUCCGGGACGCCACGUGCGUGGUGCAUUAUGGGUUUCCCAGCUCCCCUAAACUCUUCGGCAGCCGCCUGUUUUGCAUGUCAGAGCAUUUCAGAAACCUUUCAGAUAUGGAUCAUGCAGAGAGCUCCUCUCCUGCAGCUCAGUCCGUGUUGCUGCUGUCGGAGCUGAACGCCCGUCAUGUGUGUGGCGUCCUGCGGUACCUGAGGAGAAGCGGCGCUCUUCUGCCCCCUGAGCUGCUACAGUUUGCUCUGGGCGUCCAGCAGGCCAAAGAGGAGCAGAAGACAGACAGACCCCUCUGCUCCUCCCUUAAGAGCUUCGGCUUCUGCAGAGACAGCACAGUUUGUCCGGAUAGACACAUGAUCAACAAAUCCCUGGAUCAUCCAAAGCACCCUGACUCUGGGACUAUCAUGGAGCAGAAGACAGACAGACCCCUCUGCUCCUCCCUUAAGAGCUUCGGCUUCUGCAGAGACAGCACAGUUUGUCCGGAUAGACACAUGAUCAACAAAUCCCUGGAUCAUCCAAAGCACCCUGACUCUGGGACUAUCAUGGUUUUGCCGCUGUGCAUAAAGUCAGCGAAUGUGUACUCAGGCCGUAUCGUGAGCCAGAAAGACGAUUGUUACGAGACACUCGCUGCUGAAAUGAACGCACACUACGCUAGUGAGAGACGCUGUGCUGUCGAAGUGCUGAAGGGAGAACUUUAUGCCAUUCAAGAGGAGAACAUCUAUAACCGGGUGCGUGUGAUGGAGGUGCCGGAAAAAGGAGAGCAGCUGUUCAGCAGCGUCACUGCCUGCUUCAUAGAUGAGGGCCGCACACAGGAAGUGAAGUCACACCAGCUUCUCCAACUUCCUCCUCAGUUCCAGGAUUUGCCCGGCCAGGCUGUGGAGAUCAUCCUGUGCAGAGCGCAGCCCGUCGACGGAGAGGUGGACUGGAACCCGAAGGUGACCAGAGCCAUCAGUCAGAAGAUCAAAGGGAAGCUGCAUCAGGCCAGGGUUGUGAUGAGUGUGGGAAAUACUGUCUGGGUUGAUCCUAUGGUGCGCAUGACACGUGUUCCUGGUCUGAAGACCUACAUUAAUGAGUAUAACGUCCAUGCUGAGAUCUUGGCCUCUGGGUUUGGUGUCAAUAAUCCUCAGCAUGUGGACCUGCUGAAGAGAGUUUUCCAGGGAGACGAGAAUGCAAACACACUCCAGCACUUGACAGAUGACAGGUUUGAGAGCCCUUCGUCAUCCUCACAGCAGAGAGUUGAGGUUACAGUAGAUGUUCUCACCAGUAGAAUGAAGGAUUUAGUCAGCAGUCAUAAUGCCAUGGACUUCAGCCAGACUCCCAUCAGCCCCCAGAACAACAGUGCUGUCCUGUGCAAUGGAGACCUGAAGGACAGUGAUGAUGAUGAUUCUUCAGAGGGAAGCAUGAAUAUCAUGAGCCCUGAUCUGAAUGGAUUCUCAUCUCUGAACCAGACCAGACCUACCAGCUCUGAAACAGACAAAGAUGAAGCCCUGAACAUCAACAAAUUGCAGACAGUCAAUGAACCACAGAAUUUCCACAAUCCAGCCCCUUUCUCAUUCCAGCCUACCAGUUUUCACCCACAGAUCAAAUGGUUCCAGAGGGGUGAGUUGGUCACGAUCUACAUAAAGCUCAUCAAUCCAGCGAUGCAGAAGUGCGAAUUCCACUCAGACACGGCCAUUUACAGUGGGUACGUGUAUGACCGGCAUUACUAUGCAAAGCUUGAGCUGUCCGGUGACAUCAUCGCAGAGGAGUCCUCAUGGGAAAUGAGAUGCAAUGAGCCGGUGAUGAAGCUGAAGAAAAAGGAAAAGCGGGACUGGAGAUCACUCCUCAAACACAAGAGCCCAUUUGUCAGCUAUGAAUUUGACUGCAUUGAGGAGACUCGUGUUUCUUCAGUAAACGGGCACUUGUUCCUGGCUGAGGUGGGAGAGGAGGGCUGUUAUGUCAGCUCUGAGUGCGACAGUGACUGAAGAGGACGGAUCCCAAAUACACAACUCUUGGCUGCCAUAGACCCCCAUUGGGAAGAAGAAGAAGAAGAAGAAGAAAACGUACAGAUACAGUGGG